AUGGUCAAAGUGACAAUUCUGGGUGCUGGUGUCACCGGCAUGAUGGCUGCGGCGAAGCUCCCACGAGAUCACGACAUCACCAUCGUAGCCGAUCUUCUACCUGGCGACUAUGAUACCAAGGAGUGGGCGAGCCCUUGGGCUGGCGCCAUCUGGGUUGGUGUCCACCAGUCGAAGCCCCACGAGCAAAAGAUGCAGCUGGAAGGAUUUGCCGGUCUCUGGAAGCUGGCCGAGACGAACCCAGAGUCCAGUGUCCGCCAGAUCGAGAUGACUGAGAUCAUGGACCGUGGCACCAAAUCGGAUGUCUGGUAUGCUCACAAAGUUCCCGGCUUUCGGUGGAUGACGCCCGAUGAGCUCCCAAAGGGCGCAAUCUAUGGUAUGAAGUACAAGACGGUCGUUCUGACUCCUCAGAAAUUCCUUCUUUGGCUCUACGAGCGGCUGCAAGCCCGUGGCGUCAAGUUCCUCCGCACCAAGGUGUUUGCGCUUGCCGACCUCAAAGGUCUGGGGCACGACAUCCUCAUCAACGCGUCUGGUUUUGGCUCCGAGACUCUCAAAGACGUGCAAGAAAAGAACUUGACAUCCUGGCGACUGCAGUGCGUCGUUGCAAAGGCUCCUCCGACUUAUGACCGCCUCUAUAUUCGACGAGGCCCCAAUGGAUACUACUCCACCGCCUUCUCUCGUCUCGAUGGGACCGUCUACUGCGGGGGUGUCCUGACCGAAGCAUCGAGAGAUGUUUCGAUCAAUGAUGACCAUCGAGCAACGGUCUGGCUUCUCCAUCUCAACCUCAUUGUGGCUUAUGCUAACCUUGUAUUUCAGAUUUGCCGCAAUGCCCAUCUUAACCAGCCCGAUGUGUUCCCUUCGCCGAAUCCCAAAGACUGGGAUAUCCUUUACGAUCAUGUCGGCGUCUUCCCCUCCCUCGACAAAGACAUUGCUGGAGUGAGGUGUGAGAAGGAGCUUUUGGGCGACCAGCGAGUAAUCCACGCUUAUGGACAGAAUGCUGGUGGCUACGUUUACAGCUUUGGACUCGCUCGCGCGGUGGUUAAUCUUGUCGAUGAGUUUUUACUGGAUAUUCCUACCGUAGCUAGGUUGUAA